UUUAUAUAAUUUAAGGUAUAAUGGCGAUGAACAAAGUCAUUGUUUUGGUAUCUGCCGUUCUCUGCUUAGCAUGUGCUAAUCCUGUGUUCUAUGAUGGAAACUUUUUCGAUAAAUCAGCAAAUAAUUUUAUUGCUGAAGGACAGUUUGGUCCGUUUAUGAGGACUAAGGAGAAAAUUGAAGCUUUUACAAAGCUGGCUAAUAACUUUAUCCCAGCUCUUGAAGAUCUCAACACCAGGAGUACCUCUCUCGAGUUCAGAAGGAUUUGGCACUUCAACAUAUUUGGGGUACAUAUCAUUACACGUUGGGAAUUUAUCCUCAACGUAGGUUGGACAGUGGAACAGGAUCAAACAACUCCUGGAGUAUUGAAUGUGACGUAUGCUCCAUUUAUCCUCGGAUAUACUUACUUAUGGAAUGAUAUCAACUAUUACAACUUCUUUGAGUUAUUCAUUGACCCUUUUGUAGAGUUGAUACAUACACAGUUACCAAUAGAAGUGACUAUUCACACAGGUGGAAAGACUUGUAUUAGAGCUGAUUAUCAUCUUGACCCUUCGUAUUUCUAUAACUAUUUCACCUCAAGGUUACAAGAAUGCAAAGUGGAGAUCAUUGACGAGCUGAUCAAUUGGACUCCAAUCAUCCAGGGUUGUCACUGGAUUCCUGACUUCAACACAACAUUGCCGACAAUCAAUCUUUAUGAAGGAUUUUCACAACCUCUGCUUGAUUUUUGUAUCAGUGUGUAGGGCCCAAGGUAUUU